UUCUCAGUUGACCUCCCGAGAGGGAAGACGCGCGGUUUCGCACGAAAAUUCCCGUAAACAAAAGCUUGUUUCGAAAACCAGCGCCAUACUUUUUUUCAAUAGAAAUGUAAAACAGUUUUUUGCUGACCUGUGGGUGGACAAUAAAAAAUUGUUUUCGAUUAAAAUUGUUUUGUUUGACAAAGUUGUGUGGAGUGUUGUGCAUAAUGUUUGAAGAAAGAAUUGUUAUGUUUGCGUCUCUCUUUUUGGUUUUAUUUGGAGGUGUGACCAGCCUCCGAGACGUCAGGCUACUUGUGGAACCCACAACCAUUAUCCGGGGAGGCACGGCUGCUCUGAUCUGCUCCCGGGACAUGCAAGACGCCCCUCUGUACUCCGUCAAGUGGUACCGGGGCAAUCACGAGUUCUACAGAUACACCCCUCUGGAGGAACCUUCCACGAGGGUGUUCACUAUACCUGGGAUCUACGUUGAUAUGAACAGGUCAAACGGGUCUCAAGUGCUGCUGCGGAGGUUGGACCUUGGCAUGGCUGGCAACUACAGCUGUGAAGUCACUGCUGACUCUCCGUCCUUCGCCACCAUGAUCGCGCACAAAUAUGUUGAUGUUGUUGCGUUACCGGCCAAGGAUCCGGUGUUGAAAGCAGAUAAGGAUCGAUAUUCACCAGGGGAGAUCCUCCGAGCAAACUGCACCUCGUCUCCCGCAAGACCCACCGCCAACCUUACCAUAUACAUCAACGAGGAACCGGUGCGGUCCACAGAGACGAGUCUCCACCCCUCGGAGAGCGGUCUUCUAUGGACCAGCGUGAACGCUGACGUCAAGGUGACGUCAGAGUUGUUCCCCGGAGGAAGACUGAGGGUCGCUUGCGUCGCGACGGUGUACGAGGUGUACAAGAGGUCUGCUGGCCUGGACUUUUUCACACCAGAGACGGAUCCUCGGCCUGAGAGGAUCACCCUCAACGGCAGUCCAGCGAAGUCCUUCCAGAGCUGGAUGCUGUUGUUCCUGCUCUUCCUGCUACCCAUGGUCGUGACAGGGUUGGACUACGACUCCUUCAAUGAAGUCUUUGAUGACCCGGACUACUAUGACCCUGGACAAACCUACGCCCGGUCGAUGAUCGGGGCUUGAAACAGAUUUAAAUUAGUUUAUGCAAACGUUGGUCCCCUGAGCGUAUGAGAAAGGUGUUAUUUAUGUACUAGGUAUAUUUAGGUAAAUGUGUUUAAUAUUAAAGUGAAUUUUAAGUCUUAUUGAGAGCCCAAGACAAAAUCUGCUACACUACCGCAGACAUUUUGCUAAAAUCAAAUAUUACAAGAAUAAAAUAAACUACAAUAAUCACAAGUCUAACUUCGAUACGUCAUUUGCUUACUAAUGCUAAGGGAAUAGGAUUGUUCAUUGAAUAUGAUGGAUAUUAUUGUCGGUUGUAAUAUUGUACCUAAUCGCACGCCUAUUUCCCACAGCGG